GGCCAAUAUCCCUAUCAGAGAGUCUCUCGGGCAACCUGGACCCUGGGGCAUCUGCCUGACUGUAUUGUUACAAUGGCCGGCUCCUUGGCUGGGAUUCACUGUCUGCUGACUGGGGCCAGUGGCUUCCUGGGACACAGGAUUCUGCAGCUUUUGUUGGAGGAAGAGGGGGACCUGGCCGAGAUUCGGCUCAUGGAUAAAGAAUUCAGCUCUGACCUGCUGGGCACCUGUGACAGAUUCCAGGGAAAGGCGAUGCUGAGCCUCCUCCAGGGAGAUAUUCAGGAUCAGGAAUUUUUGCUCCAGUCCUGUCGGGGGGUGGACCUGGUCAUUCACACGGCGGCCAUUAUUGAUACAGUUGGAAAGAUCAGCAAGGACGUCCUGGUGGCCGUUAAUGUAACUGGGACAGAGCGCCUCCUGGAGGCCUGCGUGCAGAACAACGUGCACUCUUUUGUCUACACCAGCAGCGUGGAGGUGGUAGGACCCAACAUGCGGGGGGAUCCUGUUGUUAAUGGGGAUGAAGAGCUGGUGUACAACAGCAAGCUGAGCUUCACCUAUGGGCAGAGCAAGAGGUUGGCUGAGAACAGUGUUCUUAGGGCCAAUGGGCGGGCCCUUAAAGAUGAAGGAACACUCAUCACCUGCUCUCUUCGGUCAAUGUACAUCUAUGGGGAAAACUCCCAGUUCCUCCUCUUGCACCUUGACCAGGCCAUAAUGAAUGGUGGCGUCUUCCACCGAUUGUCCAAGAAGGAAGCUCUGGUCAACCCUGUGUACGUGGGGAACGUUGCGUGGGCUCACAUCCAAGCCUCGCGGGCAAUGAGGGACCCUGAGAGGGCCAAGAAGAUGGCAGGAAAUUUCUACUUCAUCUCUGAUGACACUCCCCACCUCAGCUACUCUGAUCUCAACCAUGCUCUGGGCAAGGAUCUGGGACUGGGGGUGGAGCCCAAGCUCGCUCUGCCCUUCCCUCUUCUUUACUUUGUGGCCUUUUUAUUAGAAAUGAUGAGUUUCAUGUUAAAGCCUCUUGUGAAGUUUGUGCCACCAUUUACCCGCCAUCUCCUGCGCCUCCUGAACACCCCAUUCACCUUCUCCUACCGCAAGGCCCAGAGGGACAUGGGCUACAAGCCGCGCUAUAGCUGGGAGCAGUGCAAACAACUGACCACUGGAUGGAUGGAGUCCGUGCUCCCCCUAAGGCAGGAGCUUCUCAAGAAUAACCGCAAACUGUGAUUGAUGAUAAAGCUGCUCCAUGUCCAGUAUGUCCACCCAACCUGGAACAUCAGAUCAUGGGUGACUGAGAUCUGGCCAAUGGAAUUUGGUUGUGUGUGUUCUCUGGCCAGAGGCCAAAUACAAUCACAGUAAUAAAAUAACAAGGACAAUAUAUCAUAUUCAUGAGGAGGCUUAACCUACCAAUAUAUGGACAGAAAAGUAUGAGGAUAUAUCUUA